AUGAAGAUAUCCAACUUCAUCGUGAGGUCAGCCUCGAUCCUCGCGGUCGCCCUGCCAUUUGUGUCAGCCACCCCAGUGACAGCAAGAGACCAGCUCGAAUAUGAAUAUAUCGUCGUGGGAAGCGGAGCAGGUGGCGGACCACUGGCCUGUCGAUUAGCCAUGGCAGGCCAUAAUACCCUUCUAAUCGAAGCCGGCAAUGACCAGAACGGCAACAUCAACAUUUCCGUGCCAGGUUAUCAAGCCGUCGUCACGAAUGAUCCAAAAUUAAGAUGGGACAUGUUCGUCAACCAUUAUCAGGACCAAGAACGAGCUAUGCAAGACCCGAAGUAUACAUGGGAAGUGGCUCCGUACCAGUACCACGUAGGCUCAGACCCUCCUCCGCCUGCUGGUGCAAAGCCCCUUGGAAUUCUGUACCCUCGGGCCGGUACGCUCGGCGGUUGUGUAACUCAUAAUGCCCUUAUUUUGAUUACACCACAUGCUAGCGAUUGGGAUAAUAUUGCUAGUAUUACUGGAGAUGAGUCGUGGGCAGCUGUUAAUAUGAAUCAAUACCUGGACAAGGUUUAUGAAUGGCUUCCGGUUGAGCCUACAGAUCCAACUAUCCUUCUUUCAGAUCUUCAACUUACGCAGCAUCUCGCGGGGGGUGCAGCUGUUAUGGGAGUAGGACCAGACCCUCUCGCCGCAGUAACAGGUCUAACCAACACACUCCUCAACGACCCAAACAGCAGACUCAACCCAGCACGGGAUUCCACCGAAGGCUUUUUCCAAAUCCCCCUGAUCAUGGAAUCUGGAACCCGUACAGCAGUCCGAGACUUCAUCGCCGACACAGUCCAAAAAGGCUACCCGCUCACCAUACGCCAAAACUGCCAUGUAACCAAAAUCAACUUCGAUAACUCCACCACCCCCCAAGCCACCGGCGUGAAUUUCCUCGACGGCAACUCUCUCUAUCGAGCCAGUCCCCUCAGCGGCGGCACCAGCACACCCGGCUCCGCCACCGCAACGAAAGAAGUGAUCAUCUCAGGAGGAGCUUUUAGCACCAUCCAACUACUAAAACUAAGCGGCAUCGGCCCAGCCUCCGAACUCCAACAAUUCAACAUCUCCGUGGUUAGCAACCUCCCCGGCGUCGGCCAAAACAUGCAAGACCGCUACGAGAUCCCCGUGAACGUCAAACACAACAACUCCUUCCCGAUCCUCAACGGCUGCACCUUCGAUUCCAAACCCGACGAUGCGUGCUUAACCCGCUGGCAGGAUAACCCCUACAUCCUCGCCCAGCGCGGCGCGUAUGCCACCAACGGGUUAGCUGCCACCAUGGGCGUGCGCUCAAACUACGCUUCGACCACUGAUCUCGACCUGUAUAUCUUCGCCGGGCCGGUAGAUUUCACGGGCUACUUCCCGGACUGGAAUGACGCCGCUGUAGCCGACCAUCAGCACUUCUCGUGGUACACCUUAAAAGCACAUACGCGGAAUCAAGCUGGGACGGUAGAAUUACGUUCUGCGGAUCCGCUUGAUACCCCAGUGAUCAAUUUUAACUAUUUUGAUACGGGGACGACGGCGGGGGGUGCGGAUGAGCUGGAUUUAUUGGCGAUGGUGCAGGCGGUCAAUAUGUCGAGGGAGGCGUUGAGAAGGUAUUAUGAUUAUGAUGUUUUGGGGGGGACGGCGUUUGUGGAGGUGGAGCCGGGGGAGGAGGUGCAGAGUACGGAGGAGGUGGGGGAGUAUAUUAAACAGAGGGCGUGGGGGCAUCAUGCUUCUUGUACGGCUGCGAUUGGCGCAGAUGAUGAUCCAAACGCGGUGCUAGAUUCACAAUUCCGGGUCCGGGGAGUCCAAAAUUUGAGGGUAGUAGAUGCGAGCGUCUUCCCCCGAAUCCCCGGGAUAUUCAUCCAAGCUCCUAUUUUCAUGAUAAGUGAGAAAGCGGCGGACGUCAUAUUGAAUGGCUGA